AUGUUGAAUUCCUUUGGUUAUAUGAACACUUAUGCUUUCAUUGACAUACAAGGACAUACUGAACGUGCACGGCAUGUAAAGGUUCAAGAAAUUGAUGAACAUCAAUUUCAAGUAAGUAGUGGUACCUCUAUACAUGUUGUCAAUCUGAGGUAUAAGAGUUGUUCAUGUAGGCGUUUUGAUCUGGAGAGGAUGUCAUGCGUACAUGCUAUAGCAGCCGCAUAUACGGCUAACCAAUCAGUUAUACUCCAGUUUCAUCCAAACUUCCGCAAAGACAGCCUCUGCAGUGGAUAUGCAAACUCGAUAAUGCCGAUAGAUACAUCCUGCAUCGUUCCUAUUGAUGUUACAUCGUCCAGAUGUAAACUGCCUUUCGUUAGGAAUCCUCCAGGAAGGCCAAAGAUGUCCAGGAUGAAGUCUUUUAUCGAGGUUGCGUUGGAGACGAAAUGGCCCCGUAAAAAGCAUGCUUGUUCUCAGUGUCAAGAGGUAGGCCACAACCAUAAAACAUGUCCAGCUAAUACGUAG